CUCCCGUGUCCACCGCAAACACAACCCAACCCAACACACACACGCCUAGCUCUAGCUUGCUUUUGAGAGAGAGAGAGAGAGAGGAUGGCGGGAGCGGUGAACGGCGUGGAGGCAGCGCAGGCUCAGGGCGGCGCGGCGGCGGCGGCGGGGGAGGCGGCGAUCAGGCACCGGAUGGUGGAGGCGAACGGCAUCGCGAUGCACGUGGCGGAGUCCGGGCCGGAGGACGGCCCGGCGGUGCUGUUCCUGCACGGCUUCCCGGAGCUGUGGUACUCGUGGCGGCACCAGAUGGCGCACCUCUCCGCGCGGGGCUACCGGUGCGUGGCGCCCGACCUGCGCGGCUACGGCGGCACGGAGGCGCCCGCCGACGUGGCGUCCUACACCGCCUUCCACGUCGUCGGCGACGCCGUCGCGCUGCUCGACGCCCUCGGCAUCCGCAAGGUGUUCGUGGUGGGACACGACUGGGGCGCCAUCAUCGCGUGGUACCUCUGCCUCUUCCGCCCGGACCGCGUGACGGCGCUCGUCAACACCAGCGUCGCCUUCAUGCGCCACGUCUUCAUCCGCGCCGGCCCCGACGCCGUCAAGACCACCGACUACUUCAACCAAGCCUACGGCCCGACCUACUACAUCUGCCGCUUCCAGGAGCCCGGCGUGGCGGAGAAGGAGUUCGCGCCGGCGCACGCGAGGCACCUGAUGACGCGGAUCCUGAGCGACCGCUUCAGCGAGCGCGCGGCGGGCAAGGAGCCCAAGGACGGCGGCGGCGACGACGCCGACGCGGCGCUCCCGCCGUGGCUCACGGAGGCGGACAUCGACUACUUCGCCGCCGCGUUCGAGAAGACGGGCUUCACGGGCGCCAUCAACUACUACCGCAACAUGGACCGGAACUGGGAGUUGGCGGCGCCGUGGGCGGACGCCAAGGUGACGGUGCCCACCAAGUUCAUCGUGGGGGACGGGGACCUGACGUACCACUACGCGGGGAUCCAGGACUACCUGCACAAGGGCGGGCUCAAGGCGGACGUGCCGCUGCUGGAGGAGCUGGUCGUCGUCCCCGGCGCCGGCCACUUCAUCCAGCAGGAGCGGGCGCAGGAGGUCAGCGACCACAUCUACAGCUUCAUCGCAAAGUUCCGUGUUCGAAAAAAUACGUCGGCAGAGUCAAAAGGCAGCAACCCUUCCCCACCCGCUUCAGUGUCACCCGAGCAAAGCGGCACGACACGCCCGUCGAUUAAGAGCGACAGAGCCCGGCCGGUUCGUCCGACCAUGGCGGCGGCGGCGGCGGCGCGGGAGAUAAGGCACCGGCAGGUGGAGGCGAACGGCAUCACGAUGCACGUCGCGGAGUCCGGCCCGGCCUCGGCCGCGGCCCCCACGGUGCUCUUCGUGCACGGCUUCCCGGAGCUCUGGUACUCGUGGCGCCACCAGAUGGAGCACCUGGCGGCGCGGGGCUACCGCUGCGUGGCACCCGACCUCCGCGGCUACGGCGGCACCUCCGCGCCGCCCGACCCCGCCUCCUACACCGCCUUCCACGUCGUCGGGGACCUCGUCGCGCUCCUCGACGCCCUCCGCCUCCGCCAGGUGUUCGUGGUGGGGCACGACUGGGGCGCCAUCGUGUCGUGGAAUCUCUGCCUGCUGCGGCCGGACCGGGUGCGCGCGCUCGUCAACCUCAGCGUCGCCUUCAUGCCGCGUCACCCCUCGGCAAAGCCCGUCGACUACUUCCGCCGCGCCUACGGCGACGACUACUACGUCUGCAAAUUCCAGGAACCUGGAUAUGAGGCACAGUUCGCUAGUCUUGACUUGAAGAGGUUCUUCAAAAUGGCAAUAACUGUUCAAACCACAGGUUCUUCUGCUAUGUCCCUCGAAAAAAUGCAGGCGAGCAACAAGCAAAUAACGUUGCCUUCUUGGCUCUCUGAGGAGGAUGUCAGUUACCUCGCAAGUGUAUAUGCAAAAACUGGCUUCGCUGGUGGCCUUAAUUACUACCGCUGUUUAGACCUGAACUGGGAGCUGAUGGCGCCAUGGACCGGAGCGAAAGUGCAAGUGCCGACCAAGUUCAUCGUCGGGGACGGCGACCUGGCAUACCAUCACCCAGGAGUCAAAGGCUACAUACACAAGGGUGGGCUCAAGAGAGACGUGCCCAUGCUCGACGAGGUGGUGGUGAUCAAAGGUGCCGGGCACUUCAUCCAGCAGGAGAGAGCACAGGAGAUCAGUGAACACAUCUAUGAAUACAUCAAGAAGUUCAGCACAGACCCCACACAUAAAUUAUCGAAAUUGUGAGGUCAUUUGUUGAUGUACAAAAUUAAUAAAGAAACUUGUAUGUGCGUAUGUGGCCGUGAGAUACUCGUAUGCAACUUGUUAAACUUCAAAGCCUGUUGAUACAUGCCCUGAAAUACUCAUGUGGAUAACAUGAGCCAUAGUUAUACACCUAUAGAUAUGUUCUUUGAUUAA